GAAGACUUUCCUCUAGAUUUUGGAGUGUGGUUGUGGAGAUAUGACCAUUAAGCCACAAUGCAUUUGUGAGGUCAGUCCCUGAUAUCAGAGCUGUAAUGGUCCAGUUCUGUGUGAUUCAGCAGACAGGCCUGUUUGAAGCGAGGCUCUGUGGAUUAUACCAAAACCCGUGAACGGCGUCUAGGACUGUACCAAUGUAAAUAAGAAAGGGGCGGGUGUUGGAGUUUAAAGGCUGGAGCUGUGAGGAAUGACUACCAGUCGCUGAAAAGGAUGGGGAGAAUAAGGAUGGUGCGAUCAGGCUUCUUCCCGCUCCUCUGCAUCUUCAGGAUCAGCAUCAACUCGCACGCGGCUCCUUCAUCCAGCCACAAAUGUGAUGAAGCACUAGCCACACCCCUUUCCCACAAUGCCUUCAGUGGUUCAUCUGUGUUCACCGCAGGAUAUGCUCCUGGAUAUGCCAAACUAAACAGAAGAGGAGGUGCUGGAGGCUGGUCACCUCUCGAAACUGAUCAUUAUCCAUGGCUGCAGGUGGACCUGGGCAGCAGGAAGCAGGUGACGGCUAUCGCCACUCAAGGCCGAUACAGCAGCUCAGACUGGACCACACACUACCGGCUACUUUACAGUGACAUGGGCAGGAACUGGAAACCCUAUCAUCAAGAUGGAAACAUCUGGGUCUUUACAGGAAACUCUAACACAGAGAGUGUAGUACGUCAUGAUCUUCAGCACAGCAUCGUUGCACGAUAUCUACGCUUUAUCCCCCUGGGCUGGAGUGAAGAGGGUCAGAUUGGUCUGCGGAUAGAAAUCUAUGGCUGCCCAUAUUGGGCCGAUGUGAUUCACUUUGAUGGCCAAGGCGUAAUCUCCUACAGAUUCAAGAUGAAAAAGAUGAAGAUCCUGAAGGAUGUGAUAGCACUGAAAUUUAAGACGGGCGAAAGUGAUGGGGUGAUCUUGCAUGGCGAAGGUCAGCAGGGUGACUACAUCACACUUGAACUGAGGAAAGGAAGACUUUUGCUUCAGAUAAACCUUGGCAGUAACCAGUACAGUUCUAUUUUGGGGCAUACCUCGGUGAGCAGUGGCAGCUUGCUGGAUGAUCAUCACUGGCACUCAGUUGUGAUUGAACGGUACCGGAGAAAUGUCAACUUUAGCCUGGAUCAGCACACUCGGCACUUUCGUACCAAUGGCGAUUUUGACCACCUCGACCUUGACUACGAGUUGAGUUUUGGAGGAAUGCCCUACUCUGGCAAGCCUAUCUCAGGAGGCCAGAGAAAUUUCAUCGGCUGCAUGGAGAGCAUCAACUACAAUGGAGAAAAUAUCACUGACCUGGCCAGAAGAAAGAAACUGGAUACUUCUAGUUUCCGCAACCUGACAUUUUCCUGCAUGGACUCUAACACCUUCCCAGUUUUCUUCAAUGCCACAAGUUUCCUGCAGUUACCAGGCAGAAGGGAGCACAACAUGGUGUCUGUAAGCUUCCAGUUUCGCACUUGGAAUGCUAACGGUCUGCUUCUGUUCAGCGAACUGGCUGCUGGCAUGUUGGAGCUUGUGCUAAAAGAUGGCAAAGUCUUGGUACACAUCAGCGUCCUGCAGCCGAAAAGCUCCCACGUUGACAUGGCAUCAGGUUCCGGGCUGAAUGAUGGAGAAUGGCAUGAUGUUCGCUUCUUGGCCAAAGAGAACUUGGCUAUGCUGACCAUUGAUGGAGAUGAAUUAGCUGUGAGGACCAAUGCAGCCAUUCACAUAACGACUGGAGGAAUGUAUCAUUUUGGAGGGUAUUACCUGCGAUCACUGGUGUCUCCCUCGCAACGUUCGUUUCAGGGCUGCAUGCAGCUCAUCCAGGUGGACGAUCAACUGGCUGACAUAUCAGCAGUGGAGCAGGGCAGGAUAGGAGUUUUUGAGAAUGUCAGUCUGGAUAUGUGUGCCAUUAUAGACAGAUGUUUGCCCAAUCACUGUGAGCAUGGAGGAAGGUGUACUCAGACUUGGGACACCUUCAGCUGCUCUUGUGAUGGCAUCGGGUAUGCUGGAGCUACCUGUCACUCCUCCAUCUAUGAGCAGUCAUGUGAGGCUUAUAAGCACCUGGGGAAAACUUCAGACUUCUACUGGAUCGAUCCAGAUGGCAGUGGACCUUUAGGACCGUUCAGAGUCAUUUGCAACAUGACAGAGGACAAGGUGUGGACAAUGGUGGUGAACAGCCUGCCAGCUCAGACAAGUGUAUCAGGUUCCAGCAGAGAGAGACGCACAGUGCUGCAUCUAAACUACAGUGCCACAACAGAACAGAUCAGCGCCAUUACGGAUGCUGCAGAGCACUGCGAGCAACACAUUGCCUACACCUGCCGCUCAUCACGUCUACUCAACACACCCGAUGGCACGCCGUACACAUGGUGGGUUGGCAGAGGUAAUGAAAAGAACUUCUACUGGGGUGGUUCUGCACCGGGAAUCAAGAAAUGUGCUUGUGGUAUUGAACGCAAUUGCACAGACCCCAAAUACUACUGUAACUGCGAUGCUGAUCAGAAACAGUGGCGGGAAGACUCAGGGCUUCUGGUCUAUAAGGACCACUUACCUGUGAGUCAGGUGACUGUGGGGGACACAAAUCGAGCUGGAUCAGAGGCCAAGCUCACUGUGGGAGCUUUACAGUGUCAUGGAGACCGUAGUUACUGGAAUGCAGCAUCUUUCACCACUCCAUCCUCCUACCUGCAUUUUUCCACUUUCCAAGCGGAAACAAGUGCAGAUAUUUCCUUCUACUUUAAGACCUCUGCACCUCGUGGAGUUUUCCUGGAGAAUUUGGGCAAUACAGAUUUUAUCCGCCUGGAGCUAAAAUCACCAAAUGUGGUCUCCUUCUCUUUUGAUGUGGGAAACGGGCCGGUAGAGCUGAAGGUCCACUCACCAACGCCGCUAAAUGAUGACCAGUGGCAUCGCAUCAGCGCGGAAAGGAAUGUUAAAGAGGCUGUGCUGCAACUGGAUCAGCAAUACAGGGAGGUUCGAGCUGCACCUGCACAAGGACAUACACGCCUGGAACUCUACAGCCAGCUGUAUGUGGGUGCGGCAGGAGGACAGAGAGGCUUCCUGGGAUGCAUCCGCUCCUUGAAGAUGAACGGCAUUACCCUUGACCUGGAGGACAGAGCAAAGGUCACCCCUGGAGUCAAACCUGGAUGUUCAGGACACUGCACUAGUUUCGGGAUGUAUUGCCGCAACGGAGGAAAGUGUGUGGAGAAAUACAAUGGCUACGCCUGUGACUGCAGUGGAACGGCUUAUGAAGGGCCCUUCUGUACUAAAGAUGUGGGGGCUUUCUUCGAGGCAGGGACUCUGGUCCGCUAUAACCUGGUGCCCGAGUUGAUGACAGCUACAUCUAACAAUGAGCAGAAGGAUUUGAGUCCUUCUCAGCUGGCAGACAAGAACCUGACCCAAGAAGUUGUGACUUUCAGUUUCAGCACAUCCAGCACUCCCAGUAUCCUCCUGUACAUCAGCUCAAGGAGCCGUGACAACAUGGCAGUGGUGCUACGACACAACGGUACCCUGCAGCUUCGUUACAACCUCGGAGGUCUGCAUGAGCCCUUCACCAUUGAUCUCGAUCAACGCAAUUUAGCCAACGGACAGCCACAUAAUGUCAAUUUAACUCGGACAGAGCGAGAAAUACACGUUCAGUUGGAUCACUAUCCUCCAGUCAGCUACACCCUGCCUGAUGCAGCCAACACUCAUUUCACUCUGGUCAAAAACCUUUUCCUAGGAAAGGUCUACGAAACUGGCCCUAUUGACCCAGUGCUGACAGAAAAGUAUAACACUCCGGGCUUUGUAGGCUGCAUGUCCCGAGUGCAGUUCAACAACAUUGCCCCUCUGAAAGCAGCUCUUCGCUCACACCCCUCUCUGCCAGUGUCACACCAAGGCAAACUGGUCGAGUCCAACUGUGGCUCAUCACCUCUCACCAUCUCACCAAUGUCAACCACUACUGACCCCUGGCACUUGGAUGGAGGUGCCAACUUCCCGUUCAAUGAAGAGAUCAUACCGGAUGGAGUGAACAGGAAUUCAGCAGUAAUCGGAGGUAUCAUUGCCGUGGUCAUCUUCACCAUCCUUUGCAUUCUGGUGUUCCUGAUACGGCACAUGUUCCGCCACAAGGGAACGUACCACACCAACGAAUCCAAAGAGGCCAAACGCUCCGAAUCGGCUGACACGGCUAUCAUCGCCUCCGAGGCCAAUUUCACUGAGACCAUUGAUGAAAACAAGAAGGAGUGGUUUAUUUAAGACGUAUUUGCUGCUAAACCUACAUGCACUCUCUCACUAAGCAUCUAGAAAGUGGGAGCUGUUUCACAAGUCAGCUGAGAACCUGAACUGAACUGCACGGAAUGGCUCGGGUCUGUUGUCUUUGGACGAUCGAGGAGUCUUUGACAUUUUAAUUGUAAAUUGUGUGAACAAAACCAGACCAGUAAAUUGUCAUUUUGUUUGAUCAAAAUUUUGGUUAUUCAUAUAGAUCAUUUUGAUUGAUGUUCAUUUUUGACCUUUACUUUUUUUUGUAAAUGCCUCAGUGUGUGGCAAUGUGGAAAUUUAAGAUGAUUACAGUAAGCAAAACAUUUUACAUUUAUGAAUGUUUUUUUUUUAUAACUGACAAACUUUAAAUGUGUGUCACAAUCAAAUCUACGAGACACUGUAUAUCAGUAAAUCAUAGAAGUGAAUUAACCCUGGUCCUGGUCCAAAUACAGCCCAGUUUGCCCUGAAUUGCCAUUGCUCAGCAACAAGAACUGUAUAUUAGGGUGGCAAAGAUGAUCAAAUUGAAACAUUCUAUGUUUUGUUUGAAACGUAAUGUAGCCAAUAGGAAGAAAACAGACUGAUAAUACAAAAAGCGAAUGAAUAACCAAGACAGCAAAGAACUCAAUAAUUUAAUCCAGAGCAGCAUUCAAAGAGGAUGCAGGAAUAAGGUUAAAGAUGAUCAGACAGCUAAAAAGUAUUUUGAAGGAUUAUGGAAAUUAGCUGACAUUCAUUUGCAACAUGUCAUUUGCCAUGAUUCAUACAGCAUCUCCAGUUUUAAUUAUCCAGUAAUUUGCUUAGUUGGCGCAUGGGGAAAUAUGAAUAUAUAAUGAAAUGUGAAUAUGCAAUUGUGGGAAAUCAAACAAUAAGGUUGUUAUUUCUAUUCCAAAUAGAAUAGAAUAAACUGUCUAGCUGCUAAUAGGUCGUGUUUUCUGUCAUAUUAUCUAUAAUCUAUCCAAAUAAUAUAACAUAAAAACAUAACAUAUUAGAUCUCUUUUUUAUAAUGGUACUUUCUUAGAAGCUUAUUUAAUGCAUUUAGUCUUCUUUUUGUUCCUUAAUUAAACAGAAUUCCAUUAAAGAUCUGCAUUUAAAAUUCUUAAGAUAAAUAAGAUAAAUGCACACUUCAACCCAUUAGAGGUGCUAUGGGAGUAGAGAUGGUGUUUGAUCUCACUUAUGUAGCUAUUACUUUAUUAGUGCAAAAGAUACACUGAUUAGCCAUUACAUUAAAACUACUGUCAGAUGACUGUUAAAUAACGUUGAUCAUCUCAUUAAAAUGGCACCUGCUGUGAGGUGGGAUAUAUAAGGCAGCAAGUGAAAAGUCCGUUUUUUUAAAUUGUUGUGUUAGCAGCAGGAAAAAUGGGCAAGUGUAACGAUCAGAGCAACUUUGACAUGGGCCAAAUUGUGAUAGCUAGACGACCGGGUCACAGCAUCUCAAAAAACAGCAGGUCUUGUGUGGUAUUCCCAGUAGGCAGUGGUUAGUACCUAUUAAAAGUAGGCUCUUGGAUUUGGAGCGCAAAUCCUGACAAACUUCAUGUUAGUUAUGACAAAGUUGUCAGAACACAGUGUAUUGCAGGUUGCUGCAUAUGGGGUUGUAUAGCUGCAGACCGGUCAUUGAGCUGAGUCCACCAUUAAAACUGCCAAAAAUGGGUCCAUAAGCAUUGGAACUGGAUCAUGAAGCAGUGGAGUAAAGGUGGCCUGGUCUGAUGAGUCAAGUCCUCUUUUUUUCAUCAUAUAGACAGCUGGGUGCCUGUUUUUGCUUACCUGGAAAAAAGAUGACAAUAAGAUGCAGUAUGGGAAUGUAGCAAGCUGGCAGAGGAAGUGUGAUGCUCUGGGCAAUGUUCUGCUGGACAAUCUCUUUCAGCAAAAUAAUGCACCCUGCCACACUUCAAAAAUUAUUCAGGAAUCAUUUGAGGAAUAUGAAAGAGUUUAAGAUAUUGGCUUGGCCUCCAAAGUCCCACUAUCUUAAUCUGAACAAGCAUCUGUGGGAUGUGCUUGAUAAAUAAAUCCAAUCCAUGGAAGCCCCCAGCUCACAAUUUACAGGACUGCUAACAUCUUGGUACCAGAUAUCACACAAUAUUAGGCAGGUUAUAAGUGAAUAGUGUAUUCUAUGACUUUUUUGGUUUUAAUUUAAAUCCUCUACAACCCUGAUCAGGCAGUUACUAAGGAUGAAUGAAUGAACACUGCAAAUGGAUUACAUUAAAGAAUAUGACCAUUGUGUGUCCCAUCAUAGCUCAAUGGUUGCUUUUAACUGCAUGAAAGAAAAGCCUCUUUUUCACACAACUGUUGUUGUACACACCCUUUAUGCACUUCUCUAUUGUGCACUAGUUGAUGCCCAGUGAAUAUUCCUUAAGGGAAAUUUAUAAACAUUCACUACCAACAGAAAGGUUAAGUUUUUAUAUUAUAUGAAUACUUUAAAAAAGAUUCAUAGCACAUGCCAUGAGCAAAACCCUAGACCCCUAACUCUCUAAUAUUUUAAUUAAAGCAACAGAUCAAUAAAUUUUUUAAAAAAUGUUAGCAGACAAAAAAUGAAUUAAGAUCUUUUAAAAGUGCUCUUGUACAAGGAUCCAUUAUAUUCACAUCUUAUUUUACAAUCAACUGAGGUUAAAGUGAUGAGGCUAUAUCAGUGAUGCCUUUAGCCUGAGACCAUUAAAACACAAAAAUGCCAAUGAAAAAGGAGUACUUAAUUAGUUUAUUUGUGUUGCAGUUGAAAUUAAACACACGAUAAUUGUCUAAAUCUAAUAUAGGUCAAAAUAAAUCCAUUUUAAAGUUUUUCUAUUUGAACUUUAUAGUGUUCUCACUUUAAUAACGAAUCAGACGAUGGCCACUUCACUGAUACAAAGCUGUUUUUACAAAAGUAAGUUAAAAUGAAGCAAUGAAAUAAAGUACAUUGCACACACACACAGAGCAAGAGAGGUAUAGAGCUGUAACAAUACUGCUUGUUACUGAAGAUAAAUUUAAAAAACCUACACAUCCUACACAGAAGGAGAUACAUUUUCCUCUGUCCUGUAUAGAAGUGCGGUGAACAUCUAACAAUGUCUAUAAUUCCAAAUUUUUGUACAUAGCUAUACCAGAUAAAAUCAAAGACUUUUACAUGACUAAGUAAUUGAAUGACAUGGCGUGAUGACAAAAAUUUUUAUAACAAAAAUGAGAAAGAAAAACAAACAUUUUCAUUAUAUAGGGUGCAUAAAAACUCUUCAGUGUAUUAGAGCUUGCUAAAGCUCAGUGAUUAAGGCUCUGGGUUAUCAACUUGAAAUAUGUGAAGAAAAUAAUUUCAUGGUGCUUUAAUGAUUUAGAUUAAUUUCAUCACUAUUUAUUUUUUUGGUACCAGUAUAUGUGUGCUAGGGGAAGUGGUGCAUUUGGGCAGGCACUGAGUUGUUACUCAUUUCCUCUCAGGGUUCUCUCAGCAACACCUUAUGGACAGGCUUAGUCAUCAAACAUUUCACAUGAAAUUAUCACAAGAGAGGCAGUAUUGUGUUUUGGUGCCAUGAUUAAAAAAAAAACGGCACCUCUACAUCGAUGACUGUAUGCUUUUGGGAUUUGAGGGAACAAAAGAACUUAUUCUACAGGAAAGACUCUUUCAACCAGAUAUUGUGUAACAGUAAUGUGUUAUUAUUGUAAAAAUGAAUCACAGAGUAGAUAUAAAUAUGAGAUUAUAUAUAGAGGUAUAGUUGGGAUGUGUAUAUUUCUCUUGGUGACUUGGGCUGGUUUGGAUGUGCAUUAGUGAGAUUGGUUCCAUGUGCAAAAAGCAGUGAUGUUAGAGUUAGAAAUGUGCUUAUGAUCACAAUGUUAAACAUUUGCAAUCAUUUAUUAUGGAAUGUAUUAGCAUUUACAUAAGAAAUAUGGUAUUCGUGAAAAUCAGAGUAGUUUGGAAAAACAUUCCAAUCCCAUGACAGCUUUGGGGUAAAUCCAAAAAUAAUGUUACAAAUACCACAUAUAUUUUCUACUACUUUUUAUUAUACAGAAAUCAUUUUAAAACCUGGAAAUGAAGACAAAUAUU